GAUGUCUUGUGCCUUCCACCUUCCUACCGUAGUUGCCCCUGCUGCUUCUCUGAUUGGCUUCAGUCAUGUUAAAACCGAUUGUUUCCACGUCAUUAACUGAAUCUGCAAAUGGUAUGGUCCCAUUGGCAGGCGUCGGUCGUGUCCAAAUGUUAUCUCAAGCACACCCUAGCCAGCUAUUCCAGGUCGAAACAAAGAUGGUCAAUAUCCCAGGGGACCGAUCAGUGGCUGGAGUUCAUCGAGUGCUCUCCUGCCCUGCUGCCGACGCCCACCUGAUCUAGCUUCUCAUGAGCCGAAAGGCUUCUUAUCCCAAUCAACCUGCCACGGCGGCGGGAGUGGAAGCGAUCGAAGGCAACAAAGCCGCAGUGGUUAGGAUGCAGCUCAUGGGGCGUGGCGGUGCUGCUCUGUCGCUGCUCGCCCUCGUCGUCAUGUCGCCAGGGCAGGCUGCGGCGGCGGCAGGCAACGGGACGGCGGCGGCCGGCGGGGGAAGGCCGCGGGUGCCGGCCCUCCUGGUGUUCGGCGACUCCAUCGUCGACACGGGCAACAACAACGCCGUCCUCACGCUCACCAAGUCCGACUUCAGCCCGUACGGCAAGGACCUCAACGGCGGCGUCCCCACCGGCCGCUUCUCCAACGGCCGGAUCCCCACCGACUUGCUAGCGUCGCGUCUCGGCCUGAAGGACCUGGUUCCGGCGUACCUCGGCACUGACCUCACCGACGACGACCUCCUCACCGGCGUCAGCUUCGCUUCAGCGGGCACCGGCUACGACCCUCUCACCUCCACUCUAGUGGCCGUCCUGCCUAUGCAGGAGGAGCUCAACAUGUUUGCCGAGUACAAGGAGAAGCUCGCAGGGAUCGUCGGAGAUGAGGACGCCGCGGGGAUCGUGGCCGAGAGCCUGUUCUUGGUCUGCGCCGGCACAGACGACAUCGCCAACAACUACUACCUCGCCCCGGUCAGGCCUCUGCAGUACGACAUCUCAGCGUACGUCGAUUUCCUUGUUCAGCAGGCUUGCGACUUCAUGAAGCAACUGUACCAGCAAGGUGCCCGGCGGAUCGCGAUCCUGGGGCUCCCGCCGAUCGGGUGCGUGCCGUCGCAGCGGACCCUCGCCGGCGGCCUCGCCAGGGACUGCGACCCGGCGCGCAACCGCGCGGCGCGGAUGUUCAACUCCCGGCUGCAGGCGGCGGUCGCGCGGCUCCAGCGGGAGCUCCGCUGCCAGAGGAUCGGCUACGUGGACAUCUACGACGUCCUGCACGACAUGAUCGCGGACCCCUGCAAAUACGGUUUUGAUGUCUCGACGAGAGGAUGCUGCGGCACCGGGGACUUGGAGGUGUCGCUCCUGUGCAACCAGCUGACGGCGGCGACGUGCCCCGACGACCGGAAGUACGUGUUCUGGGACAGCUUCCAUCCGACCGAGAGGGCUUACGACAUCAUCGUGGACUAUCUGUUCCCAAGAUACGUAGAGAAGCUACUGUGAUCGUUGCUGCAUAUCAUGGCUUUAUUGAUUGGUUCUGCCAAACCAAGACACAAGACGGUGUCGAUGGCGUUGCUCGCAGAGACAGCGAAGACAUCAGGCAGUUGUUCUACUUCAUCUAAUAAAUAAAUAAACAAAAAAACGAGAAAUUCAACUGAUGCGAGUGGUGCCGUUAAGCAACUCAUUUGGUUACUCUCUUACACAGUUAGAACAGUAAACACAAAAUUCGCCCAUCGGUCCAGUGUGGCAGUAGUGCAGCAUCUGUUCCGUUUUCAUAUUAUCUGUAGUACAUUCAUGUGAACAGAGUGGUGGGUACACAUUGUUGUGAUUGUUUCCUCCAGUAUCUUAGAGUUGAGGAAUUACCUUUUUGUCAGUAUCACAGAUUCACAGAAGCAACUUCAGAGUUCAGUCUGUCAGGCAGAUACUGUGGAUUUCCUUCGAUCCCAUCUUCCAUCAACAAUGCCGCCAUUGAACAUUCCUUGGAACAAAGGAAGCAGGUGCGUUCAAUAUUGCUGCCAGCUUGGAGCUUGCUAUCACCUAAGACCAACGCCAGCGGACGGAUGGAGCGCAUGGACUAUGUCAGACAUUUUGAAAUGGGCCUCGGAGCCGACGGCCCAGCAGGAGGAGCAACGGGUGGAGUAAAUUGCCGAUUCAGCGCGGGCGGUUGGGCGUCCAUAUCCAGAGUCCAACCGUCUGCCUCCUUCUCCCACCGACGAAACCUGCUUGCUUCCGUAGCACGCGGCGGCGGCGGCGACGAGGACUACCGAUCUGGCGACUCCCGAAGCGACGAACGGGACGGGAGGCAGAUCCGCACCCGGUGAACCCAGCAGGAGGCGGCGCCGGGAAGGAGACGUGGAGAGAGGUGCCAAGGCGAAGGCAGCUCGAGCGGAGAAUGUUGGGGACGACGCUGUCAACCCGGAUCCGCCGUCACCACCAAGCGCAUCUUCCUCUUCCGCUCGCCCGCGCUGGCAAUGUAGCUAUCCGAGAACCCCAGUCAAGAGGAUGGCCGAUCCAAGGAAUAACCUUCCACCCCACUUGAACCAGGGCACCGCGAAGCCACCAAAUUAUGGCUGCUUGGACCCAAGUGCUAUGGCCGACCCUCAAUUUGUUGCUUUUCUACAAGCUACCUAUGCUGCCCAAGUUGCCCAAGCUGCCCAACCUGCAUAUUUUUCACCGCCCGCGUAUAUAGACCUUGAGUCCUCCCUAGCUUCAUGGCCACCACGCGCUGCCAGCCUUGCCGCUUUGCAUGCUCAGCUGCGUCCACCCAUUGGCAUCCCCGCCAUGCCACCUACUCCAAACUUUGACAACAGCCCUACCCAAGUCAAAAGUCGAACCAGCAACUUCACAAUUGCUGAAGACAAAGCUAUAUGUUCUGCCUUCAUAAAUGUGUCCAAAGAUCCCCAUUGUCGGUGUGAAUCAGAGUAGUGAAGCUUAUUGAGAUCGUGUGCACAAGUUCCUAUAUUCAAACACCCCAGUAGAGAGACAGAGGCCGGCACAGUCCAUCCGGAAGCGCUGGGGAACUAUCCAAAAAAGAUACUGCAAGGUUUUGUGGCUACAAAGCCGAACAAGACAGGAAAAACCAAUCCGGCAAGACGGAAGAAGAUAGGAUUGAAGAUGCGAAGAAGCAGUACCAUGCCCUUGUUGGGAAGCCAUUCGCAUUCAUGCAUUGCUGGGAAUCACUUCGUGGCCAAAGGAAGUGGCUGGACCUUGUGGGGGCGAAAGGAAAAGACGCCGACAACAAUGGUGAAGAGUCAACGCCUGAUCCUGUAGACCUUGGCUUCCCUGAAGAAGAUGCAAAUGACAGUCGUCCAAUUGGCCGAGAUUCUGCGAAGAAGAGAAGGAGCAAUGAGCUGCAGUCAUCUUCUACAGCUUCCGCUUACGUGGAAGUCCUUCAGAAAAUGACUGACCACAAAGGAAAAUAAAUUGUGGCGGAGGUGGAGUGGGCUAAUGCUUUCAACGAUCGCGAAGAUCGGAAGCUCACUUUGGAAGAGAAGAAAAGGGAAGAUGGGAUCAUGAAAAUGGAUCUAUCUGCACUCGAUCCAUAUCAGCGGAGGUACUUUCAUCGGGAGAUCAAGGCGAUCCUUGCAAGGACACUGCUGAUGACGUUGAGCGGGAAAUGGACGACGACUUUGGCGCUUGAAGCCACGGACCUUCUGCUGACUAGUUCGUCCGCAAUGGUUGUUUCAAUUUUAUGUAGUCUUGUACUGUACAACCUAAUAAGUGUGUUGCCGUGAGUAGAGAAACAUCGUUUUAUUAUUUAUUGUACACUGUCCGAAACCUUUACAUGAGCUUGUUCUGUAUUGUUUAGGAAAAACUUUCGUAAUGGUUGAUGUCUAGCAAUAAAUGUUGUUAAUGUGUC